UGGCUCCCGUUUCUUCUUCAAUCUCCAUGCAAAACUCCAACGCCUUCGUUCCCACUCAAAGACCGAAGAGAACCGCACUGAUCUAUCGCUAAUUAAUACGAUUGAUCGAUCGAUUCGCAGAAGACGAAGAAGAAGAAGUUGUGUCGUCUAUCUCAAAUCUUUCUUCAAUUUUCUCCGUCGCUGCUUUUGAGUUCCAAAAAGGAGGUGACAAAAGAUGGAAGGAGCAUUUAAGGUUAAAUCGAUUGUCAUUGACAAUGGGUCUAGAGUGACCAAGGCUGGGCUUGCGGGAGAUGAUGCUCCAAUAGAUGUUUUCCCUAGCGUUGUUGGUCGGCCUCGCUAUACGGGUGUCAUGGUAGGCAUCAGUCAAAAGGAUGCAUAUGUAGGAGAUGAAGCUUUGGCUAAGAGAGGUAUUUUACGCUUGGGGUCCCCAACUAAGCAUGGUAUUGUUACAAAUAUGGAUGACAUGGAGAAAAUAUGGCACCACACAUUUUAUAAUUCCCUUCGUGUUGCUCCAGAAGAGCACCCCGUGCUCCUAACCGAAUCUCCUCUGAACCCUAAGGCUAAUCGUGAAAAAAUGACAGAGAUUAUGUUUGAGACAUUCCAGACGCCUGCCAUGUAUGUUGCUAUUCAGGCUGUUCUUGCCUUAUAUCUAAGUGGUCGUACCACAGGUAUGGUUUUGGAUUCGGGUGAUGGUGUCACUUGCACAGUUCCCAUCUAUGAGGGCUAUGCUCUCCCACAUGCCAUCUUUCGUCUUGAUUUUGCCGGUUGUGACUUGACGGAUCAUUUGGUGAAUCUUUUCAGGGAGAGAAGUGACGGUUACUCCGAGAACUUUCGUAUGUUGUACAGGUUUCGAGAAUAUUUUGUUGACAUCAAGGAGAAGCUUGCUUACAUAGCACACGACUUUGAGCAGGAGUUGGAGACCUCAAAAUCUAGCUCUACGGCGGAAAAGAUCUAUGAGCUUCCUGAUGGGAACAAGGUCACUAUGGGUGCUGAGCUGUUCCGUUGCACUGAGCCACUUUUCAAGCCUUCGAUGAUUGGAUUGGAUGUUGCAGGAAUUCAUGAGACCAUGCACAACUCUGUGAUGAAAUGUGAUGCUAAUAUUGGGGAGGAGCUUUAUGGUAACAUUGUGCUUAGUGGUGGUAAUACCAUGUUCCCUGGCAUUAUUGAUAGAAUGACCAAAGAAAUGACUUCUUUGGCCCGUAGCAACAUGAAGAUUAAGGUUGUGGCACCACCUGAGAGGCAAAACAGUGCUUGGAUUGGAGGCUCCAUCUUAGCCUCUCUCAGUUCAUUCGAACAGAUGUGGAUUAAAGGAACUGAGUACAAUGAGUACGGUCCAUCGAUUGUGCACAGAAAGUGCUUCUAAUUCUUCGAUAAACAUUGUUUUCAUAUACGUUUCCUUUUUAUGUUCACAUGGGAAAAUGAUAUUUUAGAUAUUUUGUGCUCAAUAAAGUGAUAGGUCAUGAUAAGUCUUGAGAGAGGCCUAUAGUCAAGAUGAUAAAGGAAGUCUGGCCCCUGAUACACCCUUGAGCUGGAGUUUCUUUCUUGGACCCUCAACUUGGGGAGACGCCAAUGUGCAUUGGGGUGCUCAGUUUUGGUGAUAAGAGGUCAUCACUCGCGUUGUACCAAUCGAUGAGGGCUAUGCUCUUUUGACUCUGGUGAGGAGGUCAUCACUCGCAUUGUACCAAUCUAUAUGAGGGCUAUGCUCUUCCAUGUGCCAUUUUGUUGGCUGUGACAUCACACCUUGUUUGGCAAAAUCUAUGGUAAAGACAACCAACAUCAGUUAUGCCCUUUCUUUUGGUAUGUUGCGCAAUCUGUAUUCAUGGGCUCCUUGUAUGAUUAAGUGGUGUUGACUUGUGAGUGACGUCACUCAGUCAUACGGCCAGGGGCGGAUGCACGUUUAUCUUAAUGGGGGCACAUGCCCCCAACAAAGUCUAUGUUUUUAGUUCUACAAAAUGAUAUUUUAUUAAGUAUA